GCAAGCGAUUAGCGGAGCGUGACCUCUGGGGACGAGAUUAUAAAACAAUCAAACACCAUGGAUACCAUUUGUAUGGCGAGUAAUCGAGACGAACACGUCUCCAGGUUGAGUCAAAAAUUCAAAGGAAAAGCUGCGUGAAUCUGUGAAAGCGCUCGGCGUAUUGAUUCCACUUCAUCUCCUCUAGAGGCCAAAUCAUAUGGGCUCCUGUCGUUCAAAAAUGGCUACGGAUCAACAGGCUUCAGGUCCAAACACAGAGGAACAGAAUGCCAACACGGCUCCAGGACCUCAAAAGAAGGAUGGCAGUCAAACUAUCGUCCAAGAUAAGACCAUGAAACUGGGAGACGACAUUAACCUGGCUGAACAAAAUGAUGUCAAGCUUGAUCCAAAUCUCGAAAAAAACGAAUACCCUGAUUUAUCUGGAGCGCACUCACUGAUGGCUAAAUACCUCACGAGGGAGAUUUUCGAGAAGCUGAAGGACAAAAAGACUUCCACUGGUUUUACCAUCGCUCGAGCUGUGAACACCGGAGUGUUAAACAAGGAGAAGUCAUUGACUGGUUGCCAUGCCGGAGAUGUUGAUUCUUACACCAUAUUUGGAGAGUUCUUCGAUCCCCUCAUUGAGGAGUAUCACCGCGGGUUCAAGCCUUCCGACAAUCACGUGACUGAUAUGGACCACACUCAUCUGAAAGGCAACAUCACCGACCCAUCCAAGAUCAUAUCCACAAGAAUCAGGGUGGCAAGAAAUAUUUCUGGCUUCAAUCUGGCUCCUGGACAGAAUUCCAAAGAGGAAAAGCUGCAAAUAGAAGCUUUGAUGCUGCAAGUGUUUGCCGAGCUGAAAGAUGAUUUGGCCGGGCAUUAUUACUCACUGGUCAAAAUUAGCGAGGAGGAGAGACAGGAACUUGUCAGGGAGCACUUGUUAUUCAAGGGCAAUGACAAGAUGCAAGCUGACAGCGGAUACCAUCGAUGGUGGCCACAUGGACGUGGAAUCUACCUGAAUCAUAAGAAGACCUUCGCUGUUUGGCUGAAUGAGGGGGACCAUAUCCGUGUCAUUUCCAUUCAGCAAGGUGGUGACGUGUCCUCUGUAUUUACAACACUAGUCAAAGGGGUAAAUACAAUCGAAAAUCUCCUCAUGAAGUUAGACAACAGGAGCUUUCAAACAACAGAUCACCUUGGCAUGAUCACAUGCUGCCCAACAAAUCUCGGAACUGGUCUGAGAGGCGGAGUGUUAAUUCAACUACAGAAAGUUGUGGAGAAGAUGGGUGAAGAGGGCCUGAAGAAAUGGUCUCAUGAAAACCAUCUUCAGGUGAGAGGUCUGUACGGAGAGCACUCCGACACCACAAGUGCUAUCUAUGACAUCUCCAACAAGUACAGGCUUGGCUACUCAGAGGUCCAGCUCGUUCAGUUUGUGAUUGAUGGUGUCAACCAGCUGAUAGAAAUGGAAUAUCAUUAAGCUGUGAACUUGUCCUCCUUUCAACUACUUUGAUUAAGUUUAUUAAGAGUGUGGUGCUAGCAAAAUGAACCAGAACUGUUAGGAGAGAUUUGUUUCACUGGAGUGUUAGAAAACCAUUUGUUGUUUUCCUAAGAAUUAUAAGGCUGACAAGAACGGAGUUUUGGAUCAAUUCAUAAUUUUGUCAUUGCAAGGUUCCAUGAUGUUUCUGAGAUAUUUGUAGGCCCUUGGGCUUUCCAACAAUUGUCCUGAUUUUCAUUCUGGUGCCUUGGUAAUUGUGUGGUAUUAGGUCAGGCCAACGUGUGUAUACUGUGUGUUACGUUACUUAUGUCAGUCAUUUGAUGUAGGGUAAACAAUCGCGUGUUACUAAAAUAAAUGCGUAAUCUUGCAAUUUUCA